CCAUCUGAUACUGGCCACAAUUGAGGCUCGGUCUCUGAGCUACUUUCCAGAGCUCUUUGGUAUUUGUAACACCCUUUGCAGGUGUCUGUGCUACAUCUGUCUUUAUGGCAUAAUAGCCAGUGUCCCAAGUGACACGAGUCUUGUGACCUGUUGCAGUGCAGCUGUGUCUUGGUUGCAAAACCUCGGGCCCUUCAGCUUGUGUGGAUGGAAAGGAAAAUCAGAGGAUCUUUCUUAGUUUAGACUGGUCUUACAUAUAUUGGAGAGUUGGUGACCAAAUUACCAGUUGUAAGAGCCCUCCUUUUGACUUUAAUGCCAAAAGGAAAAAGAAGGUGGCGGAGAUACACCAAGCUCUGAACAGUGAUCCCACCGAUGUGGCUGCCCUCCGACGAAUGGCUAUCAGCGAGGGCGGGCUCCUGACUGAUGAGAUCAGGUGCCAAGUAUGGCCUAAGCUCCUCAACGUCAACACCGAUGAGCCACCGCCUAUGUCAAGGAAGGAUCUUCGAGACAUGAGCAAGGACUACCAGCAAGUGCUGCUGGACGUCAGGCGGUCUCUUCGGCGCUUCCCUCCGGGCAUGCCAGAUGAGCAGAGAGAAGGGCUCCAGGAAGAGCUAAUCGAUAUCAUCCUCCUCGUCUUGGAUCGAAACCCUCAGCUCCACUACUACCAGGGCUACCAUGACAUUGUGGUCACUUUUCUGCUGGUGGUGGGCGAGAGGCUGGCAACAUCCCUGGUAGAAAAAUUGUCCACCCACCACCUCAGGGAUUUCAUGGAUCCCACAAUGGACAACACCAAGCACAUCUUAAAUUACCUGAUGCCCAUCAUUGACCAAGUGAACCCAGAACUUCAUGACUUCAUGCAGAGUGCUGAGGUGGGGACCAUCUUCGCCCUCAGCUGGCUUAUCACCUGGUUUGGGCACGUCCUGUUGGACUUCAGGCAUGUGGUGAGGUUAUACGACUUCUUCCUGGCCUGCCACCCACUCAUGCCUAUUUACUUUGCAGCUGUGAUCGUGCUGUACCGGGAGCAGGAAGUGCUGGACUGUGACUGUGACAUGGCCUCUGUUCACCACCUGUUGUCCCAGAUCCCUCAGGACCUGCCCUAUGAGACGCUCAUCAGCAGAGCAGGAGACCUCUUUGUUCAGUUUCCCCCUUCUGAACUGGCAAGGGAGGCGGCUGCUCAGCAGGAGGCGGAGAGAACGGCAGCCUCUACUUUCAAAGACUUUGAGCUGGCGUCAACUCAGCAGAGGCCAGACAUGGUGCUGCGGCAGCGGUUUCGGGGACUUCUGAGGCCUGAGGCUCGAACAAAAGAUGUCCUGACCAAACCAAGGACCAACCGCUUUGUAAAACUGGCAGUGAUGGGGCUGACGGUGGCCCUAGGAGCAGCAGCACUGGCAGUGGUGAAGAGUGCCCUGGAGUGGGCCCCUAAGUUCCAGCUGCAGCUGUUCCCCUAAACUCAGCUCAAUCAGCCACUUCCUCGCCAGUGCACCAAGCUCUCCCCAUUUCCGGAAAGAGGGUGCAAUUGCUGUGAUUAAAGGGUUUCUGUCAGGGGUGUUCUGUCUGCCACUCUUGGCAGCUUGUCUUUGGCUUUGGGGGCAAGUGGCAGAGCUGCCUGACACUGGGCUUACCAGACCUGAGUGCUCCCUGCACCUCCUCCUGUCAGAAGUGGCUCUGGAGCACCUGGCUACCCAAUCACUGCCCUCCUUACAGCACCUCGUCUGGAGUGUCUUUAGACAAAGCAGGCAGGGUAGUCCGGCCUUGGAAUGAGAGCGAGGGGAGAGAACUCAGCCUGGGAGCCAGUGGGACUCUCUUAAAAGUGGCCCUAUCAGCUGGUCAGAAUCAGAGGCAGACUUGAGCUGGGUUCUAAUGAAAGUUUGAUGAUCCCAGCCUAGAGAGAUCACAUGCAGCAGAACGUCAGUCACCAGGAUGGUGUUGCCUGUGUCUCCCUGUUCUUUCUCCUCUACAACCCACAUGACAAAACCUACAAAGACAUUUUUAAUACUGUUUUUAUGAUUGUAUACUACACCUAACAUAGCAAGUACUCUCACUUUAAAAAAAAUUACUUGUGUAUGUACAGGUGCCCGCAGAGGCCGCAGGUGGGCUUCAGGUUUCUUGGAGCCUGGUGUGGGUGCUGGGAUCUGAAUGCCAGGCCUCUGUGAAGCAGCAGUCAGUGCUCUUAACUGCUGAGCCAUCUCUCCAGCCUCUUUCAUAGUUCCUUCAUGAGAGAAGCUAUCAGAGCAAUGACCUUCUACUGGGCUAACAUUUAUUCUUUCCCUAUUUGGAGGGGAAUGGAACCCAGGGCCUUGCACAUGCAAAGCUAGUGUUCUACCACUGAGCAGCCCCAGCUUUUUUUUUUUUCUCUCCAAGUUUUUUUUUGUUUUUUUUUUUUUUUUUUUCUUUUAGACAAGGUCUACCUAAGUUAUCCAGGCUGGCCUUGAACUUUUGAUCUCCUGCCUCAGCUCCCAAUUAUCUGGGAUGACAGGAUUGCACCUGAGAUACUCUUCCUGCUCAGUUUAGCCAAAGUUGUUUGUGAGCACCCCCAUACCCCACAGCGCCACUUCCUGUCUCACUUCCCUUAUUUUCCUUUAAUUACCCACCUUGGCCUGUCUGGGUUGAUCUCCUCAGCUGCUGGUGUCAGGCUGGUAAUGUCCUUGGAAACUUGCCAGCAUGUAGACAGGGUUUGGCAGGAACCCCACACCACCAGCCUCACUUAGCCCUGGGCUCCUCCAGGAGAGGUGUACAGGAUCCAUGGGAUCACUCGGUCUUCCUAGGAUGGCUUAGUUCAAAGUGAAGCCAGGUGUGUUUUAUAGUAACUGGCUUGAAAACAAAAGUGCCUUUUGCUGCUUUAGGGUGUGUAGUGGAAGCUAGUUUCCUUAUCUUUCCUGGCACUCUUCUCCAGUCCUGCCAUGUCUACACCUCUCAUGUGUCCCCUGCCCAUCCCCUUGUCCCCCGUGCCCAUUGUAUGCAGUGGGACACUGCAUUGCUGGGCAGCCAUGAAGCCAGAGCAUAUAGGAGUGUCCAGGCUGAGUUACACAAAGCACUUUAAGUCAAGCUGGAAUGGUGAGCUCUGCCAAGGGUGAGAGAUUUACUGGGAUUCAUUCAGGACAAAGGAGAAUUAUCCAGGAUCCAGAGUGAUAAGGUGACAGAUAACUAUCAGUCUACCAUGGGAGUGUACCACCUAUGCCUCCUGCCUGCUUGAAGACUGUGGGGAGUGUGCUGGCUGAGGGAGGCCCUGGGCUCAGGGUCCAAGCCAUUACUCUAUCCAAACAAGCAGGCGGCACUGGCUUGUGCUGAGUUGUGCUGUGCCCAUAGCAGGACUCCCCUGCCACUGAGAAGAAAGUAUUGUCAGUUCACCGUCAGGUAUUUACUUACUCUGUAAAAUGUGUGUAGAUGUUUUGUACAGAGCCCCAUAUGAAAUAAAUGCCCUUAUGUGAUUCCUAA